AUGAAGGGCUUCUUCAAGGCCCUGGUGGCCACCGCGCUCGCGACCGCCUCCGCGGCCCAAAAUGCAUCCGCCCCGGCCCCGACCACGCUAGUCACCUCCCGCAUCCCCGAAGCCUCCGCCGCUCCGGCCUCCGGCCUGCCCGCCGUCGCCCCCAUCCGCCUGCGGCUCAACCCGGCCAACGUCCGCAACCUCGUCGACUCGGACUACAUCACCUGGACCAUUCCCGGCGCGUCCACCGCCAACAUCACCGUCGCCAACAUAACCGACGCCGACGUCUCCCUCACCCUCGCCGCCGGCACCGCCGAGCUGUCCGGCAACUACUACAAGUACCAGUACACGCGCUUCCUCUCCUCGCUCGGCGAGCGCGUCGUCAACGAGGGCAUCAGCACCUCGACCAAGGACGGCACGGCGCUCACUCUCUCCAUCAAGGGCCUGCCCGCGGGCAAGCACAGCCUCCUGACGUGGCACAACGCCUGGGAUGCCCUCAACGCGACUGCGACGCUCGACAUCGCUGUCGACGGCAAGAGCGUCGAGUCGGGCUUCAAGCAAUCCGCGCGCGUCGACAAUAUCUGGGAGGCUGCGGCCUCGUAUGUCACAUUCGAUGUCGCGACGGCGGGCCAGGAGGUGAAGGUGGUCUAUACGCCCAGCGGCGGUGAUGGGCGCGCCUUUCUGAACGGAUUUGAGAUUGACGCGCCUGCGAUGGCGAACCAGAUCAGCUUCCCGACGCCGAAGCACCGCGAUGAGCGCAUCGAGAUUGGUACUGAGACGAGCGUAAAGGCUUCGUGGCGCGCGCCUGCGUCGGCGGAGGGUGUCAAGUAUAAUGUCUUCCUUGGCACUUCUGCGACUAACCUGACGAGCGUUGCUGAGGGUGUUACUGAGACGAGCGCUUCUCUCCCUGGCUUGAACACUUUUGACACCUUCUACUGGCGCGUCGACGUCGUCGCAGGGGACGCAACUUACACCGGCCGCGUCUUCAUGUUCCGCGUGGCCCAGCUGGCUUUCCCUGGUGCUGAGGGUUAUGGUCGCUUCGCUCGGGGCGGCCGCGGUGGCAAGGUUGUCAAGGUCACCAGCCUGGCGGACUCGACCGACGAAGGAACCCUCCGCUACGCCCUGACCGUCGCCAAGGGACCUCGCAUCGUCGUCUUCGACGUCUCUGGCGUAAUCACUACCACGUCCCGCAUCUCCGUCAACGACCAGUACGUCACCGUCGCUGGCCAGACGGCCCCCGGUAAGGGCAUUGUGGUCCAGGGGUUCCCAGUCGGUCUCACCGGCGCCUCCGACAUCGUCUUCCGCCACGUCCGCGUCCGCCCCGGCAAGGUCUCUGGCGAAACUGUCGACGGCAUGGGAAUGCAGGGCUCUAACCACUGCAUCUUUGACCGAUGCUCCAUGGGCUGGACCAUUGACGAGGCCUUCAGCUCUCGCUCGGCCUGGAACAUCACCUUCCAGCGCAACAUGAUCUCCGAGCCUCUCAACGUUGCCGGCCACAAGAACUACCCCAACGGCACUGCCCACGGCUACAGCGCUACCAUCGGCGGUGACGUCGGCUCCUUCCACCACAACCUGCUCGCCCACGCCGAGGGCCGCAGCUGGAGUAUGGGUGGCGGUGUUGAUGACAAUGCCGCCUUCGCCGGCGAGCUCGACAUCCGCAACAAUGUCGUCUACAACUACGGCUCCCGCGUCACGGAUGGCGGAGCCAAGAAGGUGAACUUUGUCGGAAACUACUACAAGCCCGGUCCAUCUUCCACAUUGAACUAUACCCUCAAGGCCACGUACGAGGAUAACAUGCCUGGCAUGCAGCAGUACCACUGCGCAGGAAACUCCCUAUACGGCGUCUUCGACCAAGACUCCGUCCAGUACCCCUCCGGCGACGGCACCUCCAUCACCGACAAGAUCGCGUGCUGGGCCAAGGUCUCCUUCGACCCGGCCCCCACCUACCAGAAGUUCUUCGCGGAGCCCUUCUUCGAGCCGCACGUCGGCACGCAGUCAUCCACCGAGGCCUACAAGCGCGUGCUCUCCGACUCUGGCGUCAGCCAGCCCGUUCGCGACACCCACGACGCCCGCAUCAUCAACGAGACGCUCACCGGCACAACCACCUACGUCGGCUCCGUUUCCGGCAAGAAGGGCCUCAUCGACGAUCCCAAGGACGCCGGCGGCCUCGAGGACUUCCCCGAGGUCAAGCGCGCGGCGAGCUGGGACGCUGACGGUGACGGCAUCGCGGACUGGUGGGAUGGUUCUAGCGGCGGGGAUGGAUACACGCCGAUUGAGGGGUACCUCAACUUCAUGGCGGAGCCGCAUGCUUAUGUUUCUCCCUCCAAGGCCGUCGAGAUCGAUCUUGCGGCGUUGGCGUUGGGCUUCAAGGAGCCUACGUUUGAGGUCACGGGUGCUGGCAAGGGUGAAGUGAGCGUUCAGGGGACGAAGGCGACGUACACGGCCGGUGCUGAGAAGGGAAUCGACUACCUUGAUAUCAGUGUCAAGGACAGCGAGGGCAGCACGUGGACGAGAAGUUUCGGUGUCGCCAUCUUCGACGGCGCUGAAGAGGCACAGUGA